CCCACCAAUAAUCCUAGAAGUUCCAAGGAAGUCUAAAACGAGGGAAAGACCUGGCCCCCAGGAAGGAAAGCAGAAAGCUGCUUCGCAAGGACGAAAUAAUCAAGGGUCAAAACGCAUCAGUAGAAAACUGAUAUAUCAGUAAACUUGCAGCGGAGAUUCUUGUGCACCUGGGUCCUCAGUAACACGCGGCGAAGCAUUAAAGCACUGUACGAAGACAGAUCGAGCAAAGCAAAAUAUGGCUUCUUCAUCUUCUUCUCUCCCACUUUCUUCUACUGAUCACCAAAAUCAUUACAUACACGAGGUGUUCCUGAGUUUUCGAGGCGAGGAUACGCGCUUUAAUUUUACGGAUCACUUGCACACCGCUUUGUGUCAGAGGGGAAUUAAGACCUUCAGAGAUGAUGGGCUCAGAAGAGGAGAAGAAAUAUCAUCGGCUCUUGUCAAAGCAAUUAAGGGGUCUAGAGUUUCAAUUAUUGUCUUCUCUCAAAAUUAUGCUUCGUCAAGGUGGUGCUUAGAUGAACUGGUCGAGAUACUUGAAUGCAGAAAAUCCAAAGGACAGGAGGUUAGAGCAGUGUUCUACAAGGUGGGUCCCUCAGAUGUCCGACACCAAAGAGGGGCUUUCGGUGAGGCAUUUUAUGCGCUUGAUCAAUGCAAAUACAAAGACAGCAUGGACAAAUGGAAGGCAGCUCUCAAGGAAGCAGCAGAUUUGUCUGGAUGGCCUUUCAAGGAUGGCGAGUACGAGUCUAAAUUUAUCAAUGACAUUGUUGGAGAGUUGUCUGCCCGAGUGAUAAACCCUUCAUGUGAGUUGCAAGUAGCUGCACAUCCUAUUGGAAUAGAGUCUUGUAGACAAGAUGUCAACAGACUUUUACACACCGAGGAAGAGGAAGAUAUUGUUCGCAUGGUAGGCAUAUGGGGGCCUGGUGGAAUUGGAAAGACCACAAUUGCGAAAGAUGUGUUUAAUUCAAUUCGCCAUGAGUUUGAAGAUGAGUUUGGAGGUAGCUGUUUCGUGGCAAAUGUUAGAUCUAAGUCAAGUGACCUAGCCCAACUGCAGGAGACACUUUUGUUUCAUAUUUUAAGGGACAAAGAAUUGAAGGUGCGUAGUGUUGAUGAAGGAGUCAGUUUUAUAAAGACAAGGAUGCAACAACAAAAAGUUCUGUUAAUCCUUGAUGACGUGAAUCAUUCUAGCCAAUUACAGAACUUAGUUCCAUCCCAUGAUUGUUUUGGGCCGGGCAGUAGAAUUCUCAUAACAACAAGAGAUAAACGUUGGCUAAUUGCUCAUCAAGUUGAUGAAGUAUACGAGGUCAAAAUGUUAAAUGAUCGUCAAGCUUUGAACUUGUUUAGUUUGAAUGCAUUCAAAAGAAAUGGACCUCCCGGCGAUUAUCAGAAACUUGCACAACGUGCAGUACGCUAUGCCCAGGGCCUUCCAUUAGCUUUGAUAGUUUUAGGCUCUCAUCUAUUUCGUAGAAGCAGAGAGGAGUGGGAAGCUACAUUAGAUAGUUGUAGGGGAGAAGAUCCCCACAGAGAGAUAAGAGACGUGCUCAAAAUAAGUUAUGAUGCUCUGGGAGUAGAUUUAAAAGGUUAUUUUCUUGAUAUCGCUUGUUUCUUUAAAGGUAAGCAUGUAGAGCACGUGAAACCAAUAUUAGAAGCUUGCUACGACCUCAAAUCAGUGACUGGUAUUGCACAACUCCAAGAAAAAGCCUUGAUAAGAAUUGACAGAGAUAGGAUUUGGAUGCAUGACUUGAUAGAAGAAAUGGGUAAAGACAUAGUGUCUCAAGAGUCACCUGGUGAGCCCGGGAAACGCAGCAGAGUGUGGAGUGAAGAAGAUGUCAGCCAUGUUCUAACAAAUAAUACAGGAACAUCCAAAGUUACAGGCAUCCAGGUCUUGCAGCAAUCAUCUACAAUAUCUUUGAAUGCUAAAAACUUUUCAGAGAUGAAGAAUCUUAGAUAUAUUUCUAUGGGCAAGUACCUGAAAUAUGAAUCCUUUUCUGGAGACAUUGAUUAUCUCUCUAACCAGUUGAGGUGGCUUGAUUGGCCUACUAGUCCGUUGCUAUCUUUUCCAUCCGAUUUUCAUGCAAACAAACUUGUUAAACUCAAUAUUCCUGACAGCCGCAUAAUCACACGACUAUGGAAGGGACGUAAGAAUUUUUCAAGGCUAACAUAUAUGAAUUUAAGGGGUUGUGAAUCCCUAACAGAACUCCCAAACUUCAGUGGAAUCCCCAACUUGAAAGAGUUGGAUCUAGCAAAUUGUAAAAAUCUUACAACAAUACCAUGCAGCAUAUAUGAGUUACAAAAUCUAGAGAUCUUAAAUGUGAGUAGAUGCUCAAAUCUUGUUACAUAUCCAACAAAAGCAAGUAUUUCACAUGAUCAUGACAGUGGCUCGCUAGUGCUUCCCAAGCUACGUGUACUCAAAAUCAAAGGAUGUAAUUUAUCAACUGCUGAUUUCAUUGGGAGUCUUGAUUGCUUGGAAACAUUAACCGAACUUGAUCUCUCAAGAAACAAUUUUGUUAGUGUUCCUGCACUUGGAAAAUUUUUCAACUUGGCAAGGAUUGAAUUGCAUCGUUGCAAGAGACUUCGAGAGAUUCCAGAGCUUCCACCAAAUAUACUCGAGGUAGAUGCGAGGGAUUGCGAAUCACUGGAGAGAUAUUUGAUAUUGCCCAAGUUUUUGAAUAUGCUAGAGAUGAACUUGUGGAAUUGCCAUAGAUUUAGUUACAGUAUGUGCUAUGACAUGAUGGAAAAUAUUUUGCUGAAUAAUCAGAACAACUCCCCAUUUACGCUUGUAUUACCCGGUAGUGAGGUUCCGAAGUGGUUCCAUAUUUCGAAGGAGGUUGCUGCUAAUGAAAAAGGCCUGGCAUUGACAUAUGCAAUUUCUUUUGAAAUCCCAAUCAAAUUGAAUUGGGAGAACAUAGGACUGGCUCUUUGUUCUGUUUUAGUUGAGGAAACUUUUAGUAUUUUUAUUGACGAUCGAGCUGUUAUUUCCAUCAAUGGGGAACUCAUAGAUCAGAGUUCCAAUCGGCACAGUCCAACGCCAAUUGGCCAUAUGCGUCUGAAUUAUGUUCCAUUAUCUGAUGAAAUAAAGGGAAAGGUGGAUCAAAACGGUUGGUCGCAUUAUCAUUGUCGAGUUCAAUUUUACCCUGUUGAUCACAUGAAAAGCUGUGGAGUUCACCUAGUAUGCCAACCACCGAAUGAAUAUUCAAAUAAGAUUGUAAUGGCGGCUGAACCUGCCGAUGAGAGUGGUAUACUGGAAUGCCUUUCAUCGCCGUCAAUUGAAGAUGAUUGUGAAUCACUGGACACAGACGUUGGCCUAGACAUAUGACAAUGGCAUGCCGAUUACUCUGCAUCUACAUCUGCAAGCAAAUCUUGAUCUUCUUCCCAAUUCGUUGCCGACUCUCGCGAAUCUUGAUCCUACCUCACCAGCCAGUACUCCAUAGUCCCAACAAUAAUAUAUGCCAUGUUCUUUCACAGACUAGCUACUUUUUUCAGGAGAAUAUUGGUGGUAAUCGGCUAGCUAGGCCAUGCAAAUUAAGAUUUUCAACUCAGAAAGGUUGCAGACUGCAAAUAAGCUAGAAGCAAAGGCAUGAUGUUGCAUUGUCCACAUGGUCCAUGGAUUAAGCAUAUUGAAUAUGAUGUGCAUCACUUUAAGCAAAAUCUUCCUAGCAUAUGUGCAUGCCACUAGCAUAUUAAAUUAUCCUCUACAGGUGAUGCGGCAGGGAGAUGCUGACCUUCUUGAGGAAGAAGGAAUUGGUUUUCAUUGUUUCUAAGGAUGGAAUUAAUAAUGUGAAUAGUUACGCCUUCUUGGAGUUUGCCACUGUUGUAGAUUCUUGCAAGCAAGCAUUAAUUAUUUGCUUCAAUUCAGCAGCACAUAUUCAGUAGCUACCACCCAUCUGGAUUACCAUUCACAAGGUCUAGUGGCACCUGAUCAUAUGUGGAGGUUGAUAAGGGUUUUCAGUCAUACGCAAGUGGCAUGAGUCUCUUCAAAGGCUGCUGCAGAAUCAGGCUCUCUCCAACAAGUAUUUCUUUUCAUCAAAACUGAUCAAUGAGGAAGUGUAUAUGCGUAAUCCAGUGAGAAUAAGUAUUAAAAAUUUAAAACUAUGCAGUUUUGAAUAAUAGUGCAUAUGUAUUAAGGUUUGUAUUUGAUCGUAAUUCUACAAUCAGAAACCGGUUUAAUGAAAUGAACAGAACGCUGGACGAUUAGCUCAUUUUCUAGGUUCCUCUGUAAUUUUAGUAAACAGUUGGAAGUAUUGGACCAUCCUCAAUUUAAAGACCUAUACAUUGAGGUCUAAAGUAUCUCAACUUUUCCAUUAUCUUCAUUGUUGAUGAUCAGUUUUUUAUUUUUUUUUGAUAAGAUUGUUGAUUAUCAGUUGAUCCCAUGGUUAUAGGAGAGCAUUGGUGGUAGUCAGCUAGGCUCUGCAAAUCAGUGGGAACUAUAAACUUUCACUUGGAAUGCUUGCAGAUUCGGGCAAAAUCGGGUACAUGCUAAUCUGUCUGAAUUUGAGACGAGGGCAAAUAAACUAGAAGUAAAGGUAACAAGCAAACCUACAUAGCUCCCAUCACUCAACUACUCCACAGCUUCAACACCAUGAGGAAGCAACUGAGUUCUCUGUCUUCGGAACCAACAAAACCUCGUGGCGCAGUUGAUGGUGAUCAAGAUCCAUAGCUGUCUUUGUCUCUGCAACCAACACUACCAUCCACUUCAGAUGAUCAAUCUCUGUUUGAGGUGCAUCAUGUACAUUAAAUCUGGCCUAUUUUGAGGUGCAUUAAGGGCAAGUUUCACAUUUUCAGCCUAGCUGCUGUUACUUCAAAAUUGACCAAAUGGCCCUGUCACUUUAUAAGCGUUACAUAGGUUAGUUCAAAUUCAGGUGCUUGAGAUUGGCUACAUGAUGAUGGGGAAUAAUGGUAUCAAAGCUGUUUUGUAGUCCUCCACAUUGUUGAUCCUCAAUUGAUUCCAUUGUUAUAGGAGAACAUUGGUGGAAUCAGCUAGCUAGUAAAUGCAAAUUAAGUGGGGACUAUAGACAUUCCACUCUGAAAGGUUACAUAUUCUGGCCGAGUGGGGGUACCUGCUGAUCCAGCUAAAUUUGAAAUGACUGCAAAUAAGCUUGAAGCAAAGGUGUCAAAAGAUCAAAGCCAAGUUUACUUCUGAAUUUGUUAUCUUGAAGAUGAACUUACCGUAUAGCAAAAGCUGAGAGGAUACUAAAACACUGAAUGGAGUACCAAAGGCAUUCGAUGAUACAGAUUUAGUCGGUUAAUUUUCUCAAAGGCAUUCAUCUGUCCAGAAUGGAGUAUCAAUUAUAAUCUAGCACUACAGAGUUCAGUCUAUUCAGUCACAACAUCAGUUAGUGGCUUGGUCUCUUUUAUCAGCGACAUUCUUUCAUUUUUGUUUGUUCCUUGUUCUAAUUUUCUCUGUGUAGAAUGUUUGUCAAGGCUAUUCUUACACACAUUCUGAAUUGUAAUUCAUGAUAAAGAAACUCUCUUUUAUAUCAUGCUGUACUAAAAAGUAGUUUUGAGCCGAA